ACCUAUACAUAAUACUGCUAAUCCAAACAAAGCUGAUGAUGAGGAUUUGUGGUUCUUAUCUCCCGUGGCUUCUGUUCCUUUUUAUUAUUAUUCAAUAUUCAACUGGGUGUAGCGGCUGCUUUGAGAAUGAGAGAAAUGCCCUUCUGAGCAUAAAACACAGCAUUAUUUCUGACCCAUUAAGCUCUCUUUCCUCAUGGGGAGAUGAUGAUGAUGACUGCUGCAAAUGGAAAGGAAUUGGUUGCGAUAACACAACUGGUCAUGUUGUUGCUCUUACAUUGGGGAAUGGCUUAAGAGGUGAGAUCAACUCUUCGUUGCUUGAUUUACCGUUUCUCAAUUUCUUGGAUCUUAGUUCCAAUGAAUUUGAAAGAAUUCCGAGUUUCAUUGGCUCUCUGGACAAGUUGGUCUAUCUUAAUCUUUUUUUUAAUAAUUUUUCCGGGAAUGUCCCUCUUCAUCUCGGAAAUAUUUCUACUUUGAAAUAUCUUAACCUUGGUUCCUACUUUCAUUCUCAAUUAAUAGUUGACACCUUGGAGUGGAUUUCUCCUCUUUCUUCCUUGGAGUAUCUCAAUAUGGAUUAUGUAGACCUUCAUUCUGCUACAGAUUGGCUUCAGUCAAUUUCAAAGCUUUCUUUGCUGAGAACACUAAGCCUAUCUUCCUGCUACCUUCCAAGUCCCCCAUCAUCACUUUUGCACAUCAACUCUUCUAGCUUCCUACAACACUUGUCUUUACAGGAUGGAAAUAUAGCAACUUUUCCCCUACUGAAUUUGUGGCUAAACCAAAGCUACUUCCUUGAAUCUCUUGACCUCUCCGGUAAUUCUUUGGUAGGUGGCGAUAAGGACAUCAAAUUCUUGAGGAACCUUGGCAAUUUGAAAACUCUGGAUUUAUCAUUUAAUUCUUUUUCUUUCAACUUUUCACAACCGAUUUUAGGUUCUGAGAAAUUGAUAGAAAAGUUGAAAUUAAAUGAUAACAAAAUUGUCGGAUCCAUCUCUGAAAUCAGCUUCUCUAAUUUUACCAAAUUGGAUGAGCUCAUCCUGUCUGAUAACUCUUUGACAGUGAAUUUAGACACCCACUGGAUUCCCCCAUUUCAGUUAAGCAGUCUACGCCUCAGAUCUUGUGAGUUGGGCCCCAAAUUUCCUAAUUGGAUCCAGACACAGACAAAACUGAAUAUCCUUGAUAUCUCAAAUAAUGGAAUUUCAGAUCUCAUUCCUCAAUGGUUCACCAACCUAUCCAACUUAGAAUAUUUGACUGUUUCUCAAAAUAGAAUUCAAGGAAAAUUACCAAAUCUACCACCAUUAGUUUUCAUAGUAGACUUUAGUAGCAAUUUGCUAGAAGGUCCUAUACCAAAAAAUUAUUCAAAAAUAUCAACACUGAACCUUUCCAAAAACAAGCUUUCUGGAACCAUUUCAGUUAUGUGUACAAAUACUUCUAAAUUGUAUUUUAAACUUGACCUUUCAAACAAUUUCUUUACAGAGAAAAUUCCUGAAUGUUUGUGGAAAUUGAAUGACUUGAAUAUGUUAAACUUGGCAAAUAAUUACUUCUUUGGUGAAAUCCCCUUAUCCAUAGGACACUCAAAAAUUAUGAACUCACUACAUUUGAGAAACAAUAGGUUUUAUGGGGAAUUUCCUGAGUCUCUAAAAAAUUGCACUUUAUUGAUUGUUUUGGAUCUCGGAAAUAAUUAUUUAACUGGGGGUAUUCCUGCAUCGAUCGGGGCAAGCUUAAAAUUGUUGGAGAUCCUUUGCCUGGAUUCAAAUGAACUAAAAGGAUCAAUCCCAAAUAAUAUCUGCCAACUUCAAUCCAUUCACAUAAUGGAUUUGUCUUCAAACCAUUUUUCUGGAUCCAUUCCAACUUGCUUCAAUUCAUUAAUGACUACAAAUGAUGAGUUGAUGCCAGAGGAGUAUUUUGAUACGUUUGAAGAUCCUCUCGAAGAAGUGUUCUUUGAUUAUGAAUGGCUUAUGUGGAAGGGUAUAAAGGAGGAGUAUGGUAAGAACCUCAAAUUCAUGAAACUCAUUGAUCUCUCAAGCAAUAAAUUGGUUGGAGAAAUCCCAGCUAAGAUAACUGAUUUGCAUAUGCUUAAUUCACUAAACCUGUCAAGAAACAAACUGACCGGAUCCAUCCCAGAUAAGAUUGGUGAGAUGAGGUCGCUAGAGAGUCUCGACCUGUCAAACAAUCAACUUUCUGGAGCAAUACCACCGAGCCUUGCUAGUAUAUCAUUUCUUGCUCACUUGGACUUGUCGAACAACAAUUUGUCUGGUUGUAUUCCACUCGGCACUCAGUUGCAAGGAUUCAGUGAGGCUUAUCAGGGAAAUUCAAAGCUACGAGGGCCUCCACUUCCAACAAACUGUCAUAGAGAUGAACCUAGAAAUGCUCCACAACAAGGGGGAAUUGAUGAAAUUGAAGAAGAUGAAGGAUGGAUAAUUUGGGGCUUUGACUUCUUUGUGAGUUUGAUACUUGGAUUCAUUCUUGGUUUUUGGGGAGUAUGCGGAACCUUAAUACUCAAGCGUUCUUGGAGACAUGCAUACUUCCAAUUUUUAGAAGACAAAAAAGAGAAGAUUUGCACUGCCAUUGUGGUCCUUGGAGCCAAAUUGAAGAGAGGCAUGAGAGCUAACUAGCUCGAUUGAAGUAAAAGGAUCAACUCAUCUCCUUGAGCUGCAGGAAGUACGAAGACCAUUGGAGUACCUCCGAUCCAUGUCAUUCUAAAUAAAGUUCAAUCAUGUGUAUUUGUGUGUUUGUAUUCAUAUUUCAAGUCAUAUAAUUCUAUUUUGUUCUGUAUUGUGUAUAUUGAGGUUCUACUAUAUAUCAUCGUAGCCUGUCUUGUAAGGUGGACUAUUGACAUAAAGUUCAUUUUAAAUA